CCACAACAACUGACAGCUAUAAAUGUUGAUUCCUUUUCUCUUUGUUAUCAACAUUUUAAGGCUGGGAAAUUACUAAGAGCCAUAUAUAUUAGAGACUUGAGGCUAAACACUCUUUUUAUUUUUUUAAGGUCAUAGAGAAUGGAAGGAACAUAUAUGAAGAACACAGAGAGCAAGAUUGUGGUGGCAGUGGAUGAGAGCAAGGAGAGCAUGCAUGCCUUGUCAUGGUGUCUCAGCAACCUUGUUUCUCAUAAUAGCAGGAACACCCUUGUGCUUCUCUAUGUGAAACCACCACCUCCUGUAUACACCUCCUUUGAUGCUGCAGGGUAUGUGUUUUCAAGUGAUAUUAUUUCAGCCUUGGAAAAAUAUGGCAGUGACCUGGUGAAUUCAGUGAUGACAAGAGCAGAAUCUGUCAUCAGGAGCAAUGGCACCAAUAUAAACGUGGAGAAAAUAACUGGAAGUGGAGAAGCCAAGGAUGUGAUAUGUAGUAUUGUGAACAAACUUGGGGCUGACACCCUAGUAAUGGGAAGCCAUGGAUAUGGCUUUUUUAAAAGCAGGGCUCUUCUUGGGAGUGUGAGUGACUACUGUGCUAAGCAUGUGAAGUGUCCUGUGGUGAUCGUGAAGCAUACAGAUGAUAAAUGAGUUUCUAGAUGUCCUUUUCUUAGCUUAUGAUUAUGAAUGAGUAUUCACCACCCAGACUUGGCUUGGUGAUUGUAAUCAGUGGCUUAAGGCUUAGUUGUCCAAAUCUUGCGAGAAAAAAAAAAAAAAAAGAAAAAAAACAAAAGACAAAAGAAAUAAUAGUGAUUAUUCUGGUUUUCUAUAAGCA